AUGGGAAAUAAUCAUUCAACUUAUGAAAAAUUAGAAAUUGGAAGUAAAUGUCAAUCAUUGAAAGUAAUUAAUAAUGAAAAAGUUGGUGAUGUUUAUUUAGUGAUGUAUUCUGAAAUUAAAGAUGGAGAAAGUAAAAAUGAAAUUAAUAAUAAAAAACCAUCAAGUUUUUUAAAUGAUAUUCAUUAUACAAUUGUUAUUGAUGUUGCUGGUGAAUCUAAUGAUGAGAAUGGUAUAAUGGGAUUAGAAGUUCAUAUUGUAUUAGAAAAGAAUUCUAAAAAGAUUCAAUUGUGUUUUGAAAGAAAAUUUGGUGAAAAUCAAAUAUACCAAGAAUUAUCAAUGUAUUUAGGUAAAAUUGAAAAUAUUUACCACAAAGAUCAACCAUUGGAAUGGUAUUUUGGAUUAAAUAGAGUAAUUUUAACUGAAUGGUUUAAUGAAUUUAUUGAAAAUGAAAAUAGAGGUGAUAAAUGGUCAAUCUAUAGUAAUUGCUAUACUUUUUCAAAAUUUUUAAUUGAAAAGUUUAAAUUUAAUAAUAUUUAUCAAUUGAAUUGGCCUCAUUAA